CAUUGAAAAAGCCGUCAUCACAUUGCUAAAGUCAAAGUGCAGUUAGUAGAAUUAAAAGAAUAAUCAUGUCUUGAAAUAUUGAAAUCCAACCUUCAAGACAAAGAGACUCUGUGCUUUGUUUAUCUUUCCUCCUACUAUGAACAGGUUAUAGCUGACAGGGUGAGUUGCAAUAUGCAAGGGGCCUUCCAGACCUUCUCUUGAAAUGGCUGAAUGCAUGAAUUCACCUCAUCGAAUGACUAGAUCUUUCAUGGACUCACUUCUGGCGUUCUGGCCUGGUCUACAGGUUCUGUGGGGUGACGUAGACACAGCUAUACACAUUCACGACAUGCUUUAUCAUGUGAUGGAGAGACACAACUUCCUACCCGAGGCAUUCACUCAUGACUUCAGGGUUCACUGGGGAAACCACCCUCUCAGGCCUGAGUUCAUUGAGAGCACUUACUUCCUCUACAAGGCGACUGGAGAUCCAUACUACCUGGACGUGGGUCGAUCAGUGGUGAACAACUUGAACAAGUACGCCAGAGUGAGGUGUGGCUUCACUGCCAUCAAGGACCUCAGGACCAACGCUCACGAGGACAGAAUGGACUCCUUCGUACUGGGGCUGAGACGUUCAAGUAUCUGUUCUUGUUGUUUGCUGACGAGGGGGACAGUCCCCUGAACAUGGAUGACUUUGUGUUCACGACUGAGGCCCACCUCUUCCCCCUCUCCCUCACCAGCGCUAACACCACCCUCAAUAGAGUCGUCCAUGAGGCAUUGCUGGUGAAGAACACAGACCUGGUGAAUAUGAGCACUGUCACUGUCACCACUAGCGGACCAGACUCUUCUGGGAAGGCAGCAAAGAACAAACCAGUUGCUGACAGCUUCACUAAAG